AUGGCAGAAGCAGCGCGUGAAGGCCCUUUGGGAACCAACUCGACCCGCCAGCUGUCGACAACAGUGCAGGACCUUCGAGACAAUCGACUUGCCAUGAGCUCCAAGAAAGGGUACCACAGCGGCAUCAAUCAGGUCGUCAUAUGGCUUCAUUCGUCCGGUCCCUCGAACAUGGUCAAUGACGACGGUUCGAUCAACCUCAACGAGUUUGGUUACGCUGAAUUCACAGAGUUUGUGCUGUACAAGUACAAACACGCAAAAGUCUCUCUGUCAACACUUUCUGGUUAUCGUUCUGCGAUAAAGGACUACUACAACCGACUCAAUGUGCCGCUUCCUGCUGGCUUUGCCAACGAUGCCACGGUCAUCUUUCAAGGAAUCCGCAGACUCUGCGCAAGCGAGACCCAAUCUGGCGCAAUCAAACCAGGUGGGAAGCAGCCCCUACGUCACCACCAAUAUGUCGUCCUUUGUAAGGAAAGUCUCUCAAAGUUCGACUCUGGUUUCACGCACCUGUUUCUCAUCUUGACGUGGAACCUCAUGUGCCGAUCGAAAUCGACUUCGACUGUGCUCGAAGACCGACCAGGGAGGCACGAAGCGGCGUGA